AAUAUGGGAAGAACAAUUCUCUCAUAUCCAAAAAGUAAAUUAAAAAAGAAACAAAGGAUGGCUUUCAUACACAAUAAUGCCUUCCUUAGUUUAGUGUUUCUUCUUCUUUUUCUUGUAGGCCGUUCACAAGCUGAUGCACCAUCUCCACACCAUAUUGAUAUAGUAAAAAGAAGUAGCUUUUCUAAAGAUUUCAUUUUUGGCUCAGCAUCCUCUGCUUAUCAGUUUGAAGGUGCUGCUCAGGAAGAUGGAAAAGGACCAAGCAUUUGGGAUACCUAUACCCACCAACACCCAGAAAAAAUUUAUGAUCACAGUAAUGGAGACAUAGCUAUUGAUCAAUACCAUCGCUAUAAGGAAGAUAUAGCCAUUUUGAAGAAGAUGGGUUUUAAUGCCUACCGAUUCUCAAUGGCUUGGUCUAGAAUUUUGCCAAAGGGAAAACUUAGUGGAGGAGUGAACAAGAAAGGAAUUGAAUAUUACAACAAACUCAUCAAUGAACUACUUGCAAAUGGCAUCCAACCGUAUGUUACCCUUUUUCAUUGGGACACUCCUCAAGCGUUAGAAGAUGAGUACGGAGGCUUUAGGGGACCUCAAAUUGUGAAUGAUUUUCGAGACUAUGUUGAUCUUUGCUUCAAAGAAUUUGGAGAUAGAGUGAAACAUUGGAUCACCCUCAAUGAGCCAUGGAGCUUUAGUAUGGGAGGCUAUGCCCAAGGAGCCAAUGCUCCCGGUAGAUGUUCGUCUUGGCAACCAUAUAAUUGUUCUGGUGGAGACUCUGGCACUGAACCAUACAUCGUUGGUCAUUAUCAACUUCUCGCUCAUGCCGCUGCUGUCAAAGUUUACAAAACAAAAUACCAGGCACAUCAGAAGGGUUUGAUUGGUAUAACAUUAGUGACAGUUUGGUAUGCUCCAUAUUCAAAUAGUGAGGAAGAUAAAAGGGCUGCAAUUAGAGCUCUUGAUUUCAUUCUUGGCUGGUACAUGCAUCCAAUUACAUAUGGAGAUUAUCCACCUGUCAUGAGGGGAUUGGUAAAAGAGAGAUUACCAAAAUUUUCACCAGAAGAAAGUGCUUCCCUUAAAGGAUCAAUUGAUUUUCUUGGAUUAAAUUACUACACAGCUAAUUAUGCUAAAGACAAUCCCAAUGCACCUGGCCCUCAACCAAGUUACUUAACAGAUUAUAGAGCUGAUCUUUCAACUGAUCGCAAUGGAGUUUCAAUUGGUCCUAAGUUUAGUGAAAUAUCUUGGCUUGCUGUUUAUCCAGAAGGGUUGAAAAGUUUAUUAGUCUAUACAAAGACGAAAUACAAAGAUCCAGUCAUCUAUAUCACAGAGAAUGGAUAUCUCGAAAUUGAAGGACCCCCAUUCGAGGAAAUGAUCAUGGACAAGGCUAGAGCCAAAUACCAUCACGACCAUCUUCAUAUGGUUCAUGAAGCAAUCAACAAGGAUGGCGUAAAGGUGAAGGGAUAUUUUGCAUGGUCUGCUUUCGAUAAUUUUGAAUGGGCAAGUGGAUAUGCGGUUCGGUUUGGUUUAUACUACAUUGAUUACAAAAACAAUUUGAAGAGAAUUCCAAAGCUCUCAGCCAGAUGGUUUGAAAAUUUCCUCAAAACUUGAAGAUGACUCAUCUAACAAUUGAUGGUUUCGAAAAUUUCCUCAAAACUUGAAGAUGACUCAUCUAAUAAUCGAAUAAUGAUGCCAUCUUGUUCUCUAUUUUCAUGUGUGUUAGUUGAUUAUAUGUACCAAAAACUGGAGUUCUAUAUUUUCUUAUGCAUCUUCAUCUUCAUGCUCAAUAAAUAAGAAGGCUAUAUAUUUUCAUGAAUAUAUAGUCAUUUUAACA